AUGUUGAGUGCAGAUGAGGUCGACAAUGUCUUCACCACCGACCAUCUGUGGAAGCCGUCAACGCUUUACGUGGAUCCUGCCACCUAUAAUGAGUCGGCUCUGUUUGCCCCCCUGGAACUAGACAUCGCCUCAAUUCGAUUUGACCACCCCUAUGCCCCAAAACAUGACCUCGAACAGGAGUUGCGUCUGCCUGAUUUGGAGACAUUUGAAUUUGGCCCAUUGCCCGAUCUCGCCAGUCCCGACGAGUCUAGCAUUUUCCUAGAGCCACCACCGUCUCUCGAACCCGAGGAGGAUGUUUGGGAAGCAGCUUUUGACCUGGGUCCUGCCAACAAGGACGUCAUCUUCUACACAUGGGAAGACUUCGAAAAGGGCCAUCAUCAAGAACACACCUCUUCGCCCUACAUCACCGAAUGCGGCCCAUCAGCAUUCGACGCAGCCCUGGUCCAUGACGGGGGUAAGAUCCACGCUGGCAGAGUGCUGAAGAGCAAUGUACUCUUGCAGUCUCUGUGGAACUUGGGGCUUGGCCGUUCCUCCCUUCUCUUCCACUUCAAUCCCAAACUCAAGACAUUUGAGCCCUCAAUCGCAGAUGGUCGACCCUCUGGCAUCAGUCUCGACGCUGCCCAAAGCCUGAUUACGCAAUUCACACACACUGGCAAUACAUUCCUAUAUCUGAGGUCAUUUACUGAGCGCACCUUCACAUCAGCAGCCUCUAUUCCAGCACGGGUGGCCUUGGCUACUUGUGUCUCCAGCAUCCUGUCCAGCCUUGAGAAUGUGCUCGGCAAACGCUCCGUCGAGAUUCGCUCCCUGAUUCAACUGCAGCAUCAGUUUACGAAGCCUCGCGAAAUUCUCGUCCAUGUUGCCAAAAUGGUGGAUGCCGUCAAGUACGCCAAGACCAAUGAACAGCUUUCGUCCGUUCUGCACCACCGGUUACUAGAAUCCGAAGAGGGCAACGAAUAUCUCAGGCAGCUAUCGAGUGAGAUGCUACGCCAGGUUGCCCGGCCCAGCCUCGAGCUGAUAGGCGAGUGGAUUGGCAUCACAAAAGAGCAGGCAGCGCAGCCGAUUUGGGCCAGGGACAACUUUGUUGUCGUUGAGGAUGCUGCCGUUGAACCACCUUCUCUCGAGUUUACCUAUCGCUCCGAAAGGAUGCCAAGAUACAUUGCCCCUGAAGAUGGCGACACCGUUUUCGAAAUUGGACACAGUCUACAUUUCUUGAAGACACAACAUCCAGAGCACCCCCUAGCCUCCUUGCACAGGUCCAACAUUACGCGUCCGGAGUUAGAAUGGGGGUUUGCUUGGCAGGAUGUCGAAAAAAUAGCAAGCAAAGCACAUGAGUACGAGCAAGACCUACGCAAAUCACUUUUGGCAUUCGGCAAGGGUUCGUCGGCCAAGAAAACGAAUUCUCGGCCACAAUCAUCGGCAGCUCAAGACGGUCCUCAGGACCUUGACCGAUACUUUGAAGAUUCUAUACGUGCAAUGGACGCACCGCUAACCCAGAGCUUGCAUACAUCGCCUGAUGAGCUGCAACUCCUCGUAGACCGUCUGCUCCAGGGCAGAAACAGUGAUGAUCACACAGAUUCCAACAAAUUCUCGCCACCACUCUCCCUACUGUCCGCUCUCUCCUUCCGUCCAUUGAUAACAGCACAAGCCAAACUCGUGAAUGCAGCAACCAUUAGGCUCUUCUUUCGUUCACAUAAUCUACAGCUUCAUCUUUCCCUGCAACGGCAAUACCAUCUACUCGGCGAUGGAGUAUUCUCUUCACUGUUGGCCACUGCUCUUUUCGACCCCAAUAGAGAAAGUGCUGAAAGACACAAAGGCCAGAUGCGCAGCGGAGUGCACAUGGGCUUGCAGCUGGGCUCUCGUAAAACUUGGCCACCCGCUAGUUCUGAGCUCCGCCUGGCACUAAGAGGCGUCCUUAGUGAGAGCUACUAUUCUUCUGCCUUGUAUCGGAGUAGCCAGACGGAUGGCGCCACAAUAGCGACCGAUACACUCAUCAACGGAAGAGACAAUGACGAACUCCCUGGUCAGCUCAAUUUCGCUGUCCGCAACCUUACAGAAGCCGAGCAGGAGCAAGUCAUGGACCCCGAUGCUCUAUCUGCACUUGAUUUCCUCCGCCUCCAGUAUGUGGCACCGAAUCCACUGAACAUGAUCAUCACGACCAGCAUUUUGGACAAAUACGACAUCAUAUUCAAGUUCCUACUGAGACUAUUACGCAUGCUGUUUGUAGUAUCGCAUCUCCCUCGGCAGUUUGCUGAUGUCGAAUCGCGUCAGCUUCGAAUGGAGGCGCAUCACUUUGUCUACGUGUUCGCAAAUUACGUCUUCCAAACUGGUAUCGCAGAACAUUGGGGUGACUUUACUGCCCUUGUCGACACCCUCGAACAACGUAUCGACGAAGAAGAUGCAGCUGGAGAACUUGGCACACGGGCGACCGAGGGUGUCGCGUCUCUCCGAAACGCCCACGAACGGUGUCUCGACAGUAUCAUGUUCUCCCUUCUCCUCCGCAAACGUCAACGCAAAAUUGUAGCCCUUGUAGAAGAGAUAUUCGACUACAUUCUUCUCUUUGCGAAGAUGCAGAAUCAGCCCGUCAAAGAGGAAAUCAACGUCAAAGAACUAUACGCGAAGAUGAGAGGCAAGAUCCGGGUCUUUCUGAGCGUUUGCAGAGGCUUGACGGCCAAGCAGGGAUAUGGCAAGGGAAAGGGCACUGCGGAAGAAAACUCCAUGGAAAGACUUGUGCUGGGCAUGGAGAUGAAUGGCUAUUUUUCAGGGAGUUGA